GCGAAGAAUCCCAAUCCAAUCCAAGAUGGAGUAGCCGAUCUUAUGCCUAUACAACCACAGGGGAGAGCUGCGGGAGAACCACCACCAUCAAAAACAAAAAUUAGAGCUUCAAUUAAGGGUGCUACGACACGCCUAACAUUGACUUCGUUGGGUUUCCUACCUAUCCACUUGUUGUGUCUGAACUCAAACCAAGUGCAGCAAUGAAUGAAGGCUUUCAGGACAAUGUGACAACUUCUAGCACUCAGCCUUGGCCCUUUGGCAUGCCAGCAAAUAACCUUAACAUCUAUAUAUAAUUCUGCUUGUUUUGUCCCUCUUUAUUUAGCCGUGCACCCAACAGAUUGAGGAAGCAUCUUUAGAAAAGAAAUCCAAGAUGUCAACUCGAAGAACAAGACCUCCUCUAGUGCAAGGCUUUGUUUCAGAAAGUAAUGGCGAGCCAAAGCUUGUGUGCGAUAGAUAUAGCAGACCCUUUAUAUUCCUUGGGCCAACAUUCUACAUUCAUUGUGGGUCCUACGUUCUAUUUGGAUUUUGCCAUCUUCUUUUUGUUUCUUUUCCUUUUAUGAGUGAGAUUGAUUGAUUGUAUGAGUUCCCAAUUUCCUUUGUGUGUAGCGGGACAUUACACAGCCUCUACAUGUACUUUUUAUAUUCUUUCAAUAAAAGUGUUUAUUUUUUAAAAUGAUAAUUGUUUUAAACAUCGGUUAUUUGAUUGUUGUCUAAAGUUUCUCCCAAAAUUACGAAAGCAAAGAUGAAGAAGUCAAUGAAGGAGAUAGAAUGAAGCCUAUAGAGUUCAUUCCAUUCAGAAGUCUACCUCUGAAGACUUCAAAGAGAAACCCGGAUUCAGACAAUGCUGAGCCUACCGGAAAUCAUGGCCAGCCUUCCAAUAUCUUGGAUCACUCACAUGGAGACAAUUCCGGAAAUGGCGAUGAAGUGCCAAUCCGUCCAGAAACACCAACAAACUCUAUUCUUCAACCAGAAGCUGAACUAGAUCAACCAGCCAAUCCUAAUCAACACAAUCUUCGUUGGUUUAAGGAUCACCCCCCUCAACAAGUUAUUGGAGAUAUUCAUGGAGGACAUGCAGAUGACAUAACUCAAGAAAGGGCAUUCAUCAUCAAUGCCCUUAUUACCAGAACCAAGGUAAAUUGGGCCAAACACUUCUUCAAUUCUGUUUCCAAGCAUUUAGGAAAGCCCAAGCAGAAAUAUCUCUGUCAAGGAUUGUACCUUGGGUGCAUUCUGGAAUCCUUAGGAGUUGCCUCUGAAGGCAAGAAGUAUGAUGCCAGAUAUUGGCUCUACUAUUUGUCAUCCAAAGGAGAAAACAGAGUUAGUUCAACUGCAGAAGAUGAAGGUUCUUCAGACAAUGUUCUAAUUGUGAGUCUGAAGAAGUCCUCAAAAAGGAAGCAAGUGGUUUCUCCCUCCCCCAGUCAUGAGGAACCACACACUCUGGCAGUAGUUAAUCUGGAUGAAGAAGAAGAAGUCUCUGCUCAAGGAGAACUUCAGAAGAAGAAGAAAAGAAGAAUCUCCUCUCCUUCUACAUCUGGAAAUGCCAAUCCGGAUGACUUGCUCUACUAUGAUUGGAGAGCUUGGAAAGUUGGAAACUCUGCAGAUCAGUUGGUUGAAUGGGAUCAACAACUGAAAAAUGAGAGGAUUAUCAAGACGUGUUUGGGACAGCCAACAAACUGCUAUUGUGAGCAAAUUCUGAAUGAGGAAUGGGUCUGGCAGAAAACUAAUGAAGAUCUGCAGCUAGAACAUUUGACCACCUCUCUAGCCUCAGAAUUUGAACUUGAUGAUGACUACACAGCAGUAUACACACCCUUGUUCAUCAACUCAGCUGCUGUCCAGGAGAAUGCAGCUACUCCACAGCAAGAACAGAUUCAAAUAGCAUUUGAAGAAGAGCUUCUACAGUCCCUCCAAUUUCAAGUCCAAGAGAUUCUCACAACAACUUGUGAGAUCUACAGUCAAACUGGACCUGAAAUUCCGGAAAAGUCAACAGAGAAUCUGGAACAGUCACCUCUUCUAGAAACUACAGAGGAAGAAACUCAUGAAGAACCAUCAGUUGAAGUCCAGAGAAGCCUUGAAGAAGCUGAAGAAGGAGCUCAAAUAGCUAGGAUGGAGGCCUCUGAACCUCCAGUGGCUAUCUUUGAGCAGCAAACUGAAGAUGAAGUCAGAGAUUCCCUCUCUAGGGAUAUCUCAAACUAUGGGAAUGAAGAAAUGGAGGAAGAGUUAGUGAAAACUGUAAGGAUUGAUGAAGAAGACGCUGAGCAAGGAGAAGAUGCUGAAUCCCUCCCUCUGCAACUCUUUCACAGAAUACCUUCGUCAAAUCAGGUAACCAAUUUUCAAUUUCACAGCUCUUCCGCAUCUACACUUCCGGAUGAGAUACCAGAAUCCUGGACAAAGAAGGUCCAAGGGCUGAUUGAGUCAGCCCUGGAGUCUCAGCAUGCCUCCUUUAGGCAAGAGAUAGAGAAAAUGGAAACAAGGCACAACCAAAUGCUGGAGAAAUCUGAAGAAAUGUAUUGCUCAAAUCUCAAAGAUAUAAGCAACUCUGUAGACAAGACUCUAGAGAUCAUUUCUCUACUAAGUCUAUCAGCCUUGGCAGUGUCAUCAGCAAACCAGGUGGUAACUCAAGAUUACAUAAGGGUUCUUGCUGACAAUCAGAAGGAAGCAUUCAAGCUUUUCAGGCAUUUUGGAACCUUCACUGCCAAACAUAAAUUGGAUGUUUGGGAAGAGGAUCCGGAGUUUCUGAAGUUGAGUAAGACUAAGAAGAACAGAAGGAAGGGAAAAGAGGAUGGUCCUGCUCUUGGGACGUAUUGUGGAGGUUCAGUUCCAUUUUCUGAAAAUAUGAAUCGAUUGGCUAAGAAAAAAGGGGGGCAUGUGUCGUUGGAUGAGGUUAUCAUCCACACAAAGACAAAGAAGCACGACGGCAAGACUUGGGUGGAUCCUGAACAUGCUGAGCUACAGGCUCAAUUCUUCGAACUACGCGAAGAGGCUACACAGAAUGGGCUGCAAGUCACCGACGAAGAAAUAUGGUACUCGCUAGUUGAGGGCCAUAACGCGAAGAACCGCGUUCCUGGAGUUGGUGACUACGAGCGGGAAAUGAGGAAGAUGAAUCCGUCCUCCAAACCUCGCCGUUCCAGCACGAGUAGUAGAAGCACAGCGGAGAUAUCAGCACUCAAAGAGCAAAAUCAAAGGUUGCAGGAACAAAUUGAUAGUCUAACCUCGAACUUGUCACUGACGAUUCAAGAGGAGAUAAGGAAGCUAUAUGGUGGUAACCUUCCUCGACGAGAAGCUGUAGGAACCAUUGCCUCCCACUUCACAAAUGAUGCUCAGACACAAGAGAAAUAUAACAACCUCAAGCGCAUCAAGGAAGAGUGUGGAGUUAUGCAAGGCAUUGGUGAUACUGCCGAAUCAUCCAAGCGCAAAAAGAAGUGAAGGCUCUUUUCAUCAAAACAGGGGGAAGUCUUGAUACAUUAUUUUGUUUUGAUGAAAACACCUUCUUAUUUAAACAUUAGCUUUUGUUUAAAUACUUCUUACAUCCCUAAAUUAUGCUUGAACAUUUUCUUUUAAGUAUGAUGUUUGAGAUUUAUUAAGCGCAUACAUUUAGGGGGAAUGUAAUUCAGGGGGAACUUAACUGUUUUUGGCUAAUAAUUGUCUUUUGGCAAUGAACUACUGAUGAACUC